CUGCCUUCCGUACGCAAGAUGGCACUGCCCUGAGUUUCAGGCCCUCUGUACUAAUAACCUAGUUUUCACUCUGCACGACUACCGAGUGUAAAGAUUGUACCGAGAUGAUGUUACACGCCGACCUGACCGCGUCACACGCAUGCGUACUCUGGAUCGUACGUCUCUAGGAUAUAAGGAACGAGCGGUAGACUGUCAUGCUGCUCUUUCAUUCUCUCAUCUUCUCAUUCUCACAGCAACUCAGAUACCGCGCUGCCAGUCAUGGUCGCUCUCUUCGGUCUCAUAGCGGGUCUCACUGCCACGCCCCUCGCUCUCGGAGCUGCUCUGCACCCAAAAAUUUCCUCUCAUGUCGAAACUUCUUAUGGCGCUAUCAGAGGUGCCAUCUCCGACCUUGAAAGCGACGUCAUCUCGUACAAAGGUAUCCCAUUUGCCAAGCCGCCUGUCAAUGACUUGAGAUGGAGAGCACCAAAGCCACCAGCCAGAUGGUCUGGUACCCUUAAUGCUACCAACUUUGGCGCUGAUUGUGCGCAAUCCUACUCUUCUCUUGGUUUGUUCUCUUCUGGAAGCGAGAACAUCUCUGAGGACUGCCUGUACAUGAACAUCUGGGCGCCAAAGAAUGCUACCGUCCGAUCCAAGCUCCCUGUGUUCCUCUGGAUCUACGGUGGAAGAUUCGAGGGUGGCGCCGGAAGUGUACCGACUUACGAUGGCUCUCAUCUUGCAGCCAAGGAUAUGAUCGUGGUUACUUUCAACUAUCGCAUGGCUCCAGUCUCUGCCUUCGGCGGCGACCCUAAUCACAUCACUGUGGGUGGACAGUCAGCCGGUUCUGCAAGCGCAUUGAUCAUGAUGUAUAGCCCUCUGACCAGCGACAAGAUUGUCGGCUGUAUCGCAGAGAGUGGUGCCCGUGAUCCUCACGAUCCUGAGACAUUCGGCCUGGCAACCAGUCAUCGUUGGAUGGAGAAGGCUCUCGAGCAGGGAGAGACUUUCAUCUCAGAGAUGAACGUUUCGACCAUUGCAGAGCUGCGUAACGUAUCAAUGGCAGAUCUCCUGGAAUACGACGGCAGCACAGACACCAUUCUCGAAGGCACCGUCUGGGGAGACACAACUGUUCAGGAUACCGGUCUUGUUUCCGAACCUCCUCUCUGGCGUCCUGUAGUUGACGGUUAUGUUUUGCCCUUGGGCUACGGUGAUACACUCCGCACCGGAUCUCAUAACAACAUCCCCAUCAUGACGGGCGACAAUCUCAACGAGACCAGCUGGACAGACAUGAACGUGACGACAUACAACUCUGCCUUCACUACAAUCAUGGGCAACAACUCGAAGGAAUUCUUCAACGCGUACCCUGCCUCUAACGAGUCUGAGGCUACCGCCCAAACUGCAGCUUUCGGCAACGACAUCAACCGCUACACAACCUGGCACUGGGCCAAAGACUGGUACCUUGGCGGCGCCACCAAAGAUGCCUUUGCUUACUUCUGGACCCAUUCUCCACCGAACCAGACCAGUGGUGCCUACCACGGAUCAGAGCUUUGGUACACUUUCGGUAACCUGCCUACUUUCUACAACUACACAUGGACGGAUUACGAUUACGAACUUCAGCGUAUCAUGGGCAGCUACUGGGCAAACUUCAUCAAGACUGGCAAUCCCAAUGGUGGAAACCUUACUAGGUUCCCUGCCAGCAGCCCGAACAAAACCAACACCGUUAUGUGGCUUGGUGAUGACUUCGGUGCUGGAGAGAUAGUCGAUGACAUCGACAAGCUUUCUGUCAUACAGGACUUGUUCUCGAUGAACCCUGAGUGGUAA